CGUCAUGUCGAUGGCCGAGGUGAGGUCGCUCUGGCUUCGACACGCCAACAAGGCCGUGACUUCUCCCGUGGUAGCUCAGUUGGCAGGUCAGCUGCCUGCCUGGCUGCACGGCAGCCUGUAUCGGAAUGGUUCGGGCAUCAAGGAGGUCGGCCCCGACCGCUACAACCACCUCUUCGACGGUCUGGCCUGCGUGCACAAGUUCCACAUCGACGGACCUGCGGGCAGGGUCACAUACCAGAAUCGGUUCCUCGACAGUAACCACUACCGGGCCAACAUGGCGGCCAACAGGAUCGAGGCCUCGGAGUUCGGCACCUUGGGACGUCAGGACCUCUGCCGAAGUCUGUUCGGCCGGCUGAUGUCCAUCUACCAGGACAUGCGAGGCCCUGAUCGUAGCAUGUCAGACAACUGCGCCGUAAACGUCGGCUAUUUCGGCUCCCACCUGUACGCCAUGACCGAGACCAACCGCAUCUGGAAGCUCAACGAUGACGACCUGGCCGCCGAAAAGCAGGUCGACCUCAGCAAGGUUGUCUCCGUGGAUAUGGCCACGGCACACCCGCACGUCACGGCGGACGGCACCAUCUACAACAUCGGCAGCUCCUUCAGCGGUGGAAAGAGGCCCUCCGUCAACUUCAUCGAAUUUCCAGCGGACGCUUCCCCAGGCUGCUCGGUGGCCGAGUCGGGCCGGAUCGUUGCCUGUAACAUCCUCUCCCUCUCUCUGUCCGAAGGCUGCUCGGUGGCCGAGUCGGGCCGGAUCGUCGGCUGUAACAUCCUCUCCCUCUCUCUGUCCGAAGGCUGCUCGGUGGACGAGUCGGGCUGGAUCGUCGGCUGUAACAUCCUCUCCCUCUCUCUGUCCGAAGGCUGCUCGGUGGCCGAGUCGGGCCGGAUCGUCGGCAGCCUGCCGCACCGAUGGCCUCUGGAGCCGUCCUACUUCCACAGCUUCGGCAUUACCGAAAAUUACUUUGUCUUUGUACAGCAGCCGCUAGUCAUCCAGGUGAAGAAGAUACCACUGCUGAAGCUGAAGAAGAAGCCUUUUAUUGAUGCGAUUGCAGCCAAGCCGGAGCAAGAGACGUGGAUCCGCCUCGUGAACAAACGGACCGGGGAGGUGCACCCCACCACCUUCACUGCAGACACAUUCUACGCCUUCCACCACGUCAACAGCUUCGAGCAGGAUGGCAACGUGGUGAUGGACAUUUGCGGCGUGCUUCCCGGCAAGCAAAACGUGAUGGAGAAGGUCUCAGUUAGAUGUUUGGUAACGGAUCAGGAGGAGCCCGAGGACCCCAUGCUACGUUUUGUCCUUCCCUUACAGGUAAAGCCUGGCGACCCUAACCGGAACCAGGUUAUCCUAGAAGGGUCGCCGGCCACAGCGCAUGUCCGCGGGGACGGCACAGUGCACUGCGUGCCCCAGACGCUGACGCCGAGCGAGUAUCGCUCGGUGGACCUGCCGCGCAUCAACUACGCCUUCAACGGCAAGCCGUACCGCUUCGCCUACGCCUGCCGCUUCGUCGGAGCCGGCCUCAACUCGGAACGCCUUCUCAAGCUGGACGUAGCCUCUGGUCAGGUCGCCACCUGGAGCGACCCCUGCUGGUCACCGUCGGAGCCCGUUUUCGUGGCGGCGCCCGGCGCUGACGCGGAGGACGCCGGUCUGCUGCUGGCCUCGCUGCUGCACGUGGAGGACCAGCGUCGCGCCUCGCUGCUGGUGCUGGACGCGACCAACAUGGGCGAGCUGGCGCGCGCCGAAGUACGCACCGACGCGACGCUGGCCAAGGACUUCCAUGGCCUGUUUGCGGCAAGCGGUGCGGCCGUUCACGCGUACUAACGAAGAGGCGUGUGGCCCCGGCUGCGUGGCAAUGACAGCCGGACUGGGGCAGAAGCAGUGGUGACGGAAGUGGUGACGGAAGUGGUGACGGAGCCGGGGUGUAAUUUUUUGUUCGGUGGGUGGGGAGCGUCAGCGCUUGAACAUUGAGAACGCUUUGCGGCAGUCAUUAAACAAAUUAUGUUGAGCGUUUGGGGGACGUGGCGACGGAGUCGGGGUGUAAAUAUUUAUUCAGUGGGUUGGGGGAGCGCCAACUUGAGCUUUGAUAGCAUUGCCCGCCAAGUUCGUGAAAAGGCAUAUUGGGCGUUCGGAGAUGUUUAUACAGCUUUCCGCCUCGUUCCCAACGUAAUUUGCGAACCUACACACAUGUACAGGAUGAUGUACAAACAUGGCCGCUGGGCGUCCAUCCAUACAAGGGAUUGCGAACUUGUAUUGUUAUGCGUUCAAAAACAGUGCCGGAGAUGGCGACGAGUCCUACUGGUUCUGGGCUGAUGCAUAUGUAUCUGGGCUGAUGCUGUUAUGGUGCGGCGCCGCGGUUUUAGAGAAUCUUGCGCGCUCCUUGUCACUGGGCUGGGAAGCCAGGCUAGGCCGCGAGGCCAGGCUGGGCCGCGGCUGGGCUGAGUGAUCGAUUGAUUGAUCGAGUGUCUGUGGUCGGGGCGUGACUGGCUUGUCGCUCAGCUUAGCUCUUUUCUCGUGCGAGCGGACAAGCCAGGACUGCCGUGAAUUACAGA